AGCCCCCGCGCCGGCCCUCUCGGGAGGGUGGAGGGGCGCCCGGGGCGGGGGCGAGGCGCCCCCUGGCUCUUCGCACAGGCCUGGCGGCCCCUUCGGCCCCCUCUGAGUACCUCGGUCAUUGUCUGUGGACACCGGUGCCCUUCCCUCCGCCUGAGUGCAAGUGGGCGCGCCGUCCGCCCGUCCGGGCGGGGGCGGCGGCUUCACCGCGGUGACGCGUGGCUGCCUCCCCGGGCCUGGCCGGCGCUGAGUGAGGGACUCCUGGCCUUGCGGCGCGGGGGCUGGGUUGCAGGGGCUGGGGUGGGGCAGCUCCGUCCCAGGCCGCAGGAACUAUUUCUGGCCGGCGCUUUCCCAGGGGGCUCACAUCCGCCAGGCACUCCCGGAAAGAGCGGCCCUUUCUGCGCCGGGCGUCCGCGCGCGGGCCGCGGGGGCUGGGACCUCUCCACGGGCCCGGGGCCAGCCUGCGGGCGCGUGGGGCUUCCAGACCUCCAGCUCCGCUCUUCGGGUCUGCGUCUUUUUUUCUGCCCGGGCUGCAGCGGAGCCUCCUGGGGAACUUCCGGCCACCUGUCUUUCCGAGGAGCCCGUCCCUACGGCAGCCAGCCCCAGGAUGGGGGAGUUCAGCGCGAAGGCGACAUGUGGGACCGUCUGCCUCAAGUACCUGCUCCUCACCUUCAACUGCUGCUUCUGGCUGGCCGGUCUGGCCGUCAUGGCGGUGGGUAUCUGGACGCUGGCCCUCAAGAGUGACUACAUCAGCUUGCUGGCCUCAGGCACCUACCUGGCCACAGCCUACAUCCUGGUGGUGGCUGGCGUCGUCGUCAUGGUGACUGGUGUUCUGGGCUGCUGUGCCACCUUCAAGGAACGGCGGAAACUGCUGCGCCUGUACUUCUUCCUGCUUCUCAUCAUCUUUCUGCUGGAGAUCGUUGCUGGCGUCCUGGCCUACAUCUACUACCAGCAGCUGAACGCGGAACUCAAGGAGAACCUGAGGGACACCAUGACCAAGCGGUACCACCAGCCAGGCCACGAGGGUGUGACCAGUGCUGUGGACAAGCUGCAACAGGAGUUCCACUGCUGUGGCAGCAACAACUCACAAGACUGGCGGGACAGUGAGUGGAUUCGCUCAGACCAGGCGGGCGGCCGCGUGGUUCCGGACAGCUGCUGCAAGACCGUGGUGCCCGGCUGUGGGCAGCGGGACCACGCCUCCAACAUCUACAAGGUGGAGGGCGGCUGCAUCACCAAGCUGGAGACCUUCAUCCAGGAGCACCUAAGGGUCAUCGGGGCAGUGGGCGUUGGCAUCGCCUGUGUGCAGGUCUUCGGCAUGGUCUUCACGUGCUGUCUGUAUAGAAGCCUGAAGCUGGAGCACUACUGAGCCUGCCCGGGCGCCGUCCGCAGCUUCUCCCUGACUGCUGAGCUGACACUACUGACGGCCAGGGUGCUGGGGUCCCAGGAUGCCGCUCCUUCCCUACUCCUCCAGGGAGGGUGUGUUCCCAAGCCCAUGGGCACACCCCCGUGCCAUCACCAUGCCUUCACUGGGACCUCUGGGGACCCCUCCCCUCAGAGGGGGCUGCAAGUGCCUUUCUCUGCAGACCAAAGGCCCAAGCUGGGGCCCCCACCCACAGCAGGGCAGGAGCAGUACUUCUGCCUGCAAGGGAGGUCUUGGGGUGUUCCAUGCGCUCAGCCAGAGGGGCUGGCCCACCCUAGGGUGCUCCCAGACCCCCAGACACAUGGUGGUCAGGGCAAGCCUGAAGGGGCACUGCUGGGUGGGGCAGCGCCGGGGAAUACAGAACAACUCCAGGUGAGGAGUCCCAGAUGCCUGCCACUGGGUCACAGACCCCCAGCCAACUCCUGGGAAAGCCAAGCCAGCUCUGUCCUGCGGGUCCCGUGCCUCUGCCCUCCCCAGCCUGGCCUCUGCUGCCCAGGUCCCUGCUGGGACUUCCCCGACACCCUCCCCACUCAAAGGCCACACAUUCACUUGUGCACUGUCCUGUCCCCUUCCCAGAAGCAGGGGGUUUGUGGGUUUUAUUCACUGCUGUAUCACAAAUGCCUAGAACUGCUCGUGCCACAUAAUAGGCGCUCAAUAAAGGUCUGUGGAACGGA